AUGUGUGAACGAAGAAUCAAAUUUCUUAGUGAGAGCUAUCUGAAAGCAGUAAUGCGGCAGGAUAUGGCAUGGUUUGAUACUCAACAAGUAGGUGCACUAACAAGGAAAAUGAGCAGUGGUAUUGAACGCAUUAGAGAUGGACUUAGAGACAAAUUGGGAUUAGUAUUUUCUGGUGUUGGAGCAUUUAUCAGUGGAAUUUCAUUUGGUUUUUACUUAAGCUGGCAAAUGACUUUGGUGACUUUAUUUACAGUACCUUUGCUUCUUUCAGCAAUGAUAAUUUCUGCAAAGUUGCUUACAAAAGUUUCAAAAUCAGAGAUGAAAGCUUAUUCAGCGGCUGAUGCUUUGGCUAGCGAAGUGAUUGCAGGAAUACGCACAGUGAUGGCAUUCAACAGUCAACCAAAGGAAAUCAAACGGUGAUU